AUGCGCGGCACCGGCGCCCGCGGGGGCGGCGACGCCGCGACGCCGCCGCCGCGCGCCCGCGCCGACCGCGGCUGCCCCAGGUACGCGUGCAAGCGCAUCGACAUCUCGAAGAUGCAGAAGAACGAGAUCGCGGACGCCGUGAACGAGAUCCGCGUGCUCGCGUCGAUCCGCCACCCGUUCAUCGUCGGCUUCUACGACUCGUUCCUCGCGAAGCGCGAGCGCGAGCUCUGGAUCGUCAUGGAGAUCUGCGCCUGCGGCGACCUCGCCUCCAAGCGCGUCGUCUGGAGCCACCUCAUCCAGAUGGCCGAGGGCCUCAACUGCCUCCACGAGCAGAGCAUCGUCCACCGCGACCUCAAGGCCGCGAACAUCUUCCUCGCGGAGGACGGCUCCGUGAAGAUCGGCGACCUCAACGUGUCGAAGCGCAUGAAGCAGGGCAACCUGCUGCGCACGCAGAUCGGCACGCCCUACUACAUGUCGCCCGAGGUCUGGCUCAACAAGCCCUACGGCAUGUCGAGUGACAUCUGGGCGCUCGGCUGCCUCGUCUACGAGCUCUGCGCGCUGCGGCCGCCCUUCGUGGGCAACACCUUCGCCCAGCUCAAGCAGGGCGUGCUCGUCGGCAAGUACCCCGCCGUGCCCCGCGCCUUCUCCUACGAGAUGAGCGCCAUGAUCGCGAAGAUGGUCCGCGUGAACGCGCGCGAGCGGCCGUCCGUGAAGCAGAUCCUC